GCAUCACCGCAUCACCGCAUCACCCCACCACCUUCACUAAUAUUAUUCCUACCUACCCUAGGUAGGUACCUACUAGGUGACCGCUCGCAAAGCAUUUUAACCUAUAAAUAUUCCCCUCCGUACCCUACCCGGUAUCAAUUCAAUAAUUAAACUUGAACGAUAUCCGACAAUUAAUUCCUGAUUUCCGUUUGCCAAUUCAUUCUUCAUCCUCCAUUUUCUUUACCGCGCCAUCACAACGAACCGCGACAAUGGCGCAAAAACAACACGCUACCGAAUUCGAGAAGAUCAUCAAUGCCGGUCGUGAGCGCAAGAAGAAUGAAGCACUUGCUGCACGUAUCUUCAAGCGAGACAAUCCGCGCCGACAGAGCGCCCCCGCUGCCGGCUCAUUAGCAAGCCGAGUUGGUGUUAAGAAGGCACCCAACAAGCGACUAUCGUCGGCGGCGCGUGUUCCAACUAGCAACAUCAAUGGCGAAUGGACUCAUGACCUCCAUUCUAACGCACCUGCCAGACGUGGCAACCAACGUUCAGAUCCCAACUCGCUCGCAGCGCGAAUUCAUGCUCCAGGCACCACCUUACCUACCGUACGCAACGCCCGCCCCGCUCGUACUGCCAAACUUGCAAAUGCCUUCGAGCGCAGCAAUGCAUCUGCUGCUCUGCAACAACAGGUGAAUAUGCGACGACCAGUGCAGCCAGCAGGCCAAGGCAUAACAAUCCGAGGCCUAGCAGGUCCAUUCGUCGUCAUGGCACAAAACUUUGCGCCAGGUACAACGGCUGCCGAUAUCGAGAGCGCUGUAACCCCAGUUGGCGGUGUUGCUACCGCUUGCCGACUAGUCAAGACGCACCCAAUUGUGAUUGCUGAGAUCGUCUUCGAGAGUAAAGAGAGCGCUGAUCAAGUCAUCCAGACCUUCAACAACCAGACCGCUGAUGGAAGAACGCUGCACGUAUACUUGAAGCCCGCUGGCCCCUACAGGCCCGCUCCACCUACAGGUCCCCGCGCCGAUCGCCACAUCGAGACUCGACCUGGUAGCAACAGCGUCGUACUUGACGGCUCGAUGGGAUUUGGUGACGCGAUGGAUACGGAUACGGCUGACCCCAGCUACUCGAACGGAGGCCUCUACAGUGAUAACAUGGUACCUCCAACCCAAUCCAACGGUACAAGCGGACGCAAUGGUAACCGCCGGGGUAGAGGCUUCCGAUCUGGACGAUAGGAGACCCAGAUUGAGGCCAAUACUAGCACAACUACAUACCAAGGAGACGAUACCCCCCAACCCUUUGAGGAUUUAUACCCAGAUCAUUACCACCCACCUUACAUUACUCGUUGUCAGUAUUGUGGGAGUCAUAUUUGACCCAAGUAACCCAGAAAGAUGCGACUCUGGCAUUAGCGAGAGUGCACGAUAUACAACGAAGGAACGACCAAACGAGAAAUUAAGAAGUUAAAAAGUCUUACAUACUCGCAUCCAUGCGUCUAAGAAAAGGGAAACUUCUCAUUGACGCAUAGGCCCACAAGAAGAAGGAAGCUAAGCAUGUAGCAUCUUCCCCAUUGCUCCUAUAUAAAGGAGGAUAUGGGGGGAAGAUGUAGGCAUGAUGCAGAAAGCAUGCAUAUGUUUUUCUUUUGCCGGGGUUUCUUUUUUAAUACCUGUACCAAUACCAACCAAUCGCCUAGCCUACCUAGGGUAUUAUACGUCCCGUACGUCUGUUACCUAGUACCAUCCUAUUGGAGCAUACUAGAAGACAUUGGAGGACAGAUAAAUGGAGAUAAAGGGAUAGUUCAUGCAACACUUGGAACUGGGAAGUGUCAUAAAGAUAACCUGGGUAUCUUAGCUACCUACGUAUCUAGGAUUGAGAUGGACUUGGGCUUCCAGACUAAUAAUAACGAGAGAAACCAAAAUUUGAACUGGACUGGACUGGACUGGACUGGACUGGACUGGAC